GAUUUAACUCGAUAACUCACAAGGAUUAGGUUUGGUUACACUUCAUUUAUAUGAGAAAAGAGAUACCGAAUUAGUCAGAUCAUUGGUCGGUCACUAUCACCCGCCAUUUUUAUCGCUGAUAAGAGAUAAGCUUAGCUAGUUGCCGCAACGGCCAAACAUAAGAACGCGAUGCAAUCACGCCUCACAAACGAGCAAAACUAAUAUUUUUCGGUCUAGUCUCUUAUUUAUAUUCAACUUUGUCGAUUGUGUGUUUGUGUGAUCAAAAUGGGUUAUACUCUGCCUGUGUUGGAGAAAUGUUGUUGUUGUUUUAGUCUAAGAGUCGGUGCUCUACUCAUCGGCUAUUUGUCUAUGUUCAACUCCUUAAUGUCAAUUGCCGCGGUCGCCACUAGCAUCGCAAUGCUCGCCAAGUUUGUACAGUCAGAGAAGCACAAUCCCAACCCUCAGCACCCCCCGGAACAGCUGGCGGCAGAGGCCUUGGGUGCCUACAUCACCUGUGGGAUCUACCUGGUCUUGUACUUGUAUUACUUCGUCAUCAGCUUACUGGUCAUCGUCGGCGUGCAUAGGAAUAAGCCCCAUCUGAUGACGUACUACGUGAACACAGUAUUAUUCAUGUUGGCCGUGGUGGCCGCGCUCAUUGUCGUAACUGUCGUGUUCAUGGGCGUCAUCGCUGCGAUACCGUUACUCUUCUCUAGUGUAAUCGUGUUCUACUUCCUCCUAGUGGUCCGAAGCGCGUAUCUUGAGAUGGUGGAACAGAACCGACCGAAAGUGUAUGAAAUGCAUACCAUGACUACUCAACAAGCACCGCUUAUGGCGUAGCUCAUGGGAGUUAAAGUUAGUUAGAGUUAGUCAUGGGAAAAGAUUGUAUUUCAGCCGACUCUAUGGCGUAUUCCGCAUGGUCUGAUAGGUAUUAAGCCCGCUCCACACUCAAACGCGAAUUGCGGCGCGAAGCCGUGAACGCGAGUGUGGAGGGGGCAUUUAUUACCAGAGUCUAUUACGGAGUGUAUGAGGUUAAAAACCCACACAACUGUCUUGGAACCAGAAAUUU